UUUUAUGUCGAUCCCCCAAGCUGCAAGCGUUGCAAGGCCAGAGUUACUUACUUCAGAAGUUAGUUUGCAAAACAGAAAAGAAACAGCACUACGAGUGUGUCUGCCUUCGCGAUCACCUCUGUUUCUUCACGGUCAUUUGUUCUUUUUGAGAGUGUGAUAAUUGAUAAAUGAAGCAGCUGUUUGCGUGGAUUUCAUUUCGAAUUUUCUUGAAGCUGGAGGAGUAGUUCUGUGUUUGUAGUUCUGUUCUUAUCUUGACCACUUUGCUUGCCAUUGACGAUAUGCAUGCCAGAAGGAGUCCGACCGGAGGUCCACACAGAGGUGGUGGUGGUCCGAACAGAGGUGGUGGUCCAAACAGAGGUGGUGGUUAUUACAAGAGCCCGCCAGGACGCGAUGGGCAGCGAGGGCAAGAAAGAGACUUCAGGAAUACGCCAGCAGCCGAUAGAAAUCGUCCCAGAGAGACCAGGGAUAUCACGAGAAACCCAGAUCAAGUUGGCAACACCAGUGCAGCAGCAAGAAAUGUUCAUCGUGAUGAUCACCAGUCAACGAAGAAUGACGUGGAGAUUAUUGCUUCUAAACCCGCAGCAACAACAGCCUCUGCAGGUUCCAGCAGUCAAACAAGUACUGUCGUAGUUUCACCUGCAGGUAAAAGCGAUGCAAGGAACACAACCUCGUCAUCAUCAGUGUCAUCCGUUGUUGCUGCAAGUGGUGUAAAGCCUGAGGAAAAGGCCCAGAGUGCGCCUGAACCAGAUGUAACUAAACGCCCAAGCAAUGAGAAGCGCAAAUUCACGAACAAGUGCCGUCUAUUUGUCGGGAAUUUGGCCCACGGCAUGACAGAGGCUGAGUUCAGAAAAAUGUUCCUGAAGUAUGGAGAGGUGUCGGAAGUUUUCCUGCAAGCCACUCGCAAUUUUGGAUUUGUGCGUCUGGACACUCGUGCCAAUGCAGAAAAAGCCAAGGAAGAGCUGGAUGGUGCCGUAAUGAAUGGGCGAUUGGUUCGCAUCCGAUUUGCUGCACCAAACUGCUCCCUAGCCAUUGAGGGACUGCAUGCAGUGGUUACUAAUGAGCUGCUGGAGAAGGCGUUUGCUCAGUUUGGAACCGUGGAAAACGCCAUUGUCUGGUGCGAUGAAAAGGGACGCUCUCUUGGAAAAGGUCUUGUGGACUUUGCGCGGCGCAACUCUGCUCAAAACUGCUUGAAGGCAUGCACGGAUGGCUGCUUUCUUCUAACGAAGUCGCCACAGCCAGUCAGCGUGAAAGCCUUUGAGAACAAUGACGACAGGGAUGGAUUGACUGACAAAGGUGCCUCAUCUAACCCCCAGUUUGAAGAAGAACGUUCUGUUGAGCCCCGCUUUGCUCGGCCUGGUACUUUUGAAUACAAGAUCGCCUCGCAGUGGAAAGCUCUUGCUGAAGCAGAAAAGGCGCAGCGCGAAUUACUCGAGAGGCAGAUCCGCGAGGCAAGACAACAGCUGCACACCGAGCUGGAGCAGACGAUGCUAGAUGAGCAAGCUGAAACUAUGCGUCUUGAGCUGCAACAAAGGCAAAAGGAAUUGGAGCGGUUUGAGGAGCACCGCCGUGCGGAACGUGCUAAAUUUGCUGAUCAGCAGCGGAGACAUGAGGGUCAGAGGCGCGAUGAGUACUUUCAGCAACAAGGCAACAUUUUUCGGCAACAUGGACCGAGCAGCAAGGCCGUGGAAGGCUUUCUGCGCAAUCGCAAUAACAUGAUGGAUGAGAUGUUCCAUGGACAAGGCCCACCAUCAGGUGAACUGGGUCUCGGCGAUGAACCAAUGCAUUCAGGUGACGGGCCACGGCCUGAUGAGCCCCCACCCAUGAUGGCCCGUGACAGGCAACAUCCACCGCCGAGUUUGCUUCAUGGUAGGCCUGGUGAUGAACCAGCUCCACAAGGGCCACCACAGGGAGAAGGAGAGCCUCAAGCCCAGUGGCAGAACAUCGCAGCGGCUGUGUCGCGCAUUCAGAACAUCAUGCAGGAUGACCGAGGCGGCGCUGCACCAACACAGCCUCUCCACGCGUUUCAUCCGGAUCAGGGUAUGGAAGGUCCUCCGCCACCGGGGCAAGCCGGUUUUCAGCACGGUGAACAUCAGCAUCCGCUAUUCCAGCCGCGUGGCCCGCAUUCUCAUCCGGGCGACCACUGGCCACUUGCACCACGACAGUAGUUCCUCCGACUACGUGUACUGACACGUCAGUGUGAUAGCCACCUGGCUGCCGGUGUUUGAGCCAGAUGUUGCCGUCACAUUGGUAUCGUCGAUCUUCAGUCUGCUGCUUUCGGUACUGUCCAGCAGCACUUCAAACUAGCCCGACUUUGACAUUCGGUUGUAGCAGUAGCUGUGUUAGAUGAGGGACGUGAUAGCCAAAUGCUACUGUACGUCAUACACCUGUGUUAUACCCUCCACCAGCGUGUCUCUUGCCCGUAUUGAUGCUGGCUAGACCUUUUUGUGGCUUUUUGCCUGCUCCUUGUGUAUUGUGUAGGGGAUUGUUGGCAUUUCUAAUAUCCACUUUGCUACUGCUGCCUAGAAUAUCCACUAAGCAGUUCCAGUGUUAUUUUGUUCCGUUUUGUGCUUUUCUGCUCGCCAAUAUGUCAUGUGGUUCUUAUUUUGCCGCCCAGGCGUGUGUCUGUAUGUGUCUGUGUGUGCACCUAUCCAGCUAGUUUAUUCAAUACAACUUGUUUCAUUGCUUCAUUUUCCACUGGGCACUCACUCCUAACUGUAGAGCCCCUUCUUUUUUUUGGUCUUAUCCCGGUACCGUUUGCACCGUGGACUUCCCACGCAGUAUGCAGUAUGAACACACUCUA